AUGGGCGAGGCAUAUUUCGACGCUUGGAACCAACCUCUAACUUACUUCAAAAUCCUCUGCUUGAGCCAACAAUUUGAAGGCGCCCUGGGAUUCCUCUCACGAAUCGAAGGCCUACGCUGCCAUGCUGUACACUUGGCUCUCGUGCUUCGUGACUUGAAGCUUCUCCUUCUGCCGAAAUCGAAGCAGGCUCCGCUGGUUUCUCGAGUGGACUCUGAUCCAUCUGGAAUUAGACGUCUCAAUUUCAUCCGCCUUCUCCUUCUCUACACUCGCAAAUUCGAAUCCGGUGGAAAUCCAGCUCUCUGUGUCAACUAUUACUACUUUCUUCAUGAUAUUCCUGCUAUUCCUGAUGGUGUGAAAGAAAACCCUAAUGCCGGUACUCGUGGAUCAAAUCUCUUUGUUCAAUGUGUCGCUGAGUUGGCCAUUCAAACCGGUGAAUUCGAUUCUCUUUUGGGUCGAUUGGCUCGUCAAGCUGAUGGGUCAUCACAGACAAGUGGGGGUAUUAUACGUCAACCUGGAGUUAUUGAUCGAUUUACAAGUGUCGCGUCUCCAAUUAGCCUCAUUACUGCCGUAGCAGAGAUGCUGGAAGCGAGGGGUCAAUCAUACCAGGCUGUGGGCGUCUACUUACUGGCUGGAGAGGCCAAAAGUCUGCUCGCAGCUGUUAGAUUAACUAAUCUACUGGUUAGUGUUGUGGCUUUGGAUGAUGGAAGUGGUACUGCAAGCGGCACGACACCAAAAGAGGACAGAGAUAGUAUCCUACGACUGGCUGCUGAGGUUGGCCACAGCAUCCGCCGCAUCGAUCCAAUUACCACAACUGGACUGAGCGGUUCCGAGGCCAUCUCUCCAUCCCUUCAAUCCGCCGCGCAGACCCUCUACUACCUUCUAGACUUGGCCACGUUCUUUGAUCUGGCCUCAUCGGGAAAUCAAUACCAGACGGCGAUUGAUCAUAUGGAUAGGCUAGGCCUUCUACCCACGUCAAGUGAGGAAGUGGAGAUGAAAGUGGCGGCAUUUUCAACUCUCUCUGACCUUGUGCGUCGGCCCUUGCCUUCUGCUGUCCUUGUACUCAUGAGGUGCCUGGCUAUGAAAGCGGCUACAGCAAAAUCAGCAGAAGAGCGUGGCACAUCCCUCGGCCGCUCACCAAUCACCUUUGGAGUUAGUCUAGGCACCAGCGGACGCUCCUUAUGCCUGGCUGAGCUUAGAACUCGGACAAGAGCCUUGGUCACCUUCGUGGGACGAAUUCCAUAUCGUAUGCCAAGUGAAGUCUACGCUCGUCUCUCUCAACUCGAAAUGCAACUGGCUUCAGGUUCUUGA